CCAAGUUUUGCGUAUGAAUGAGUAGGGUCAAAUAUUAAAAUUGAAUAUAAUUUGUUGUUUUGUGGCUGGUGGUAGGUGGGCAGCCAUAGCCUCUUAUCUUCCCCAAAGGACCGACAACGAUAUAAAAAAUUACUGGAAUACCCAUUUGAAGAAGAAGUACAGGACGGCGCCGCCGCCGCUUCUAGGAUACGCCGAUGAUGAGAAUAUUGAACCUAAUUCUUCAUCAUCAAGCUCAAAAGGGCAGUGGGAGAGGAGGCUCCAAGCUGAUAUCGAAUUGGCCAAACGAGCCCUGCGCGAGGCCCUCUCCAUCGACGCAUCAACCUCCGGCAGCAGCGAGCCACCGCCCCCUCGUCAACCGGCGAUUGAUAUCCCGGCGAUCGACUUCCGGCGGCCACCGGUUCAAUCGCCCGCAUCUUACGCAACGAGCGAAGAGAACAUAUCGAAAUUGCUCCGAAACUGGACCAGGAAUCCCUACCCCAAACCGGCGGCAUCCAGAUUUGAGUUUGCGAUGCCGCAGCAGAGCUCAUCGCUAUCCUUCCCUCCGGCGGCCGGCUGCGACUGCUCGAGCUCGAGCCUGAGCAGCGAAGAAGGCACUACUGCCGCAACCGCUUUAUUGAGUACUGCUCCGGCCAAUUUCGCUCAAUCGGUUGGAAACUCGGACAAAUUGAACAGUAACAAUGGAGUUAUUGCCACCCUCCCGACGGAAAACUGGAACAAAAACUCAUCAAUUAACGGUCUGGGGACACAAAUGCCCCUGGCAAUCCUGGAGAAAUGGCUGCUUGAUGAUGCUUAUUACAGUGUCCAACCAGAAGGUAUUAAUCAUAAUCAUGGUGAUGAAUUGUUGAUGGAGGCCAUAGGAAUGGGGACUAGUACUGAUCCUGCUCCUGGCUUCUUCUAGAAUCUGUCUCUGUCUCUCAGGUGGAAGUUUUGGGUUUGGUAGUCUUUCUUCCCUUUUGUCCCCCUUCUUGGCAUGAGUGAGGAAUGUUUGUCAAUGUUAGGGUUAAAUUUAUUAUGUUGCUUGACUGCUUGAGCAGUUAAUGAUAAGUACUUUAUAUAUUCAAAGUUAGGAAGUGUAUAAAUAAUAAAUCUCAUGGACCUUAUGGAUAUAUGAAUAUGGUAUUACAGCAGUUUAAAAAAUUAUGAAUGUCAUUAGCAGUUU